AUGACAGAAAAUUCACUAUGGCAAGAAGAGCAGCUUCUACCAAGACGAAUUAAGUUUGAAGCCGCCAACCAGGUCAGCUCUUCUCCUACAAAUGAAAAUUCUCAGCUUCUUAAGUGAAAAUCAAAGCAAGGAGUUUCUACUGGCUUCAAAAACCUCGGAAACACUUGCUUUUUGAACUCGACCUUGCAGUGUUUAUUGUAUACCCCACCCAUACAAAAUGUAAAGCAUCAGUGCAAUAAGGUUUUUUGCGUCCUUUGUGCCUUGAAAAAACUUUUCACAAGCCGAUCUAUGCCUUUUAUAUAUGAAUUAUUAGGCAUUUUCAGGGUAUUGCUUAUUUUUGUAUAAAAAUGGACUGCGACAGCAUUUUUGUGAUAAAGUAUAAUAUUCCUGAAGAAUUUCUAAGGAAUAUUCCUCGUUUUGGACGGCAGUUCAGCCUCGGCCGACAAGAAGAUGCACAUGAGCUUUUGAGAUUCCUGGUAAAUAGGCUUGGACCUAAUGACUUCAUUCAAAGCACAUUUGGUGGAACUCUAUUUCCUCCAUUAGAUUGAGCAACUUUUUUGUUUACAAGGGGAGUAGUAUUUUGUUAAAACUUUUUAUAUUAAAAUUAUAUAUAAUUUUUUUUUCGGAUUAUAAAAAAUAUCAAUUUGCAUAUAUUCAAAAUUUUAAUUUAUAAUAUAUCGCAGAAUGCAAGCUGUCUUAAAUUAUUGUAAUUAGCUAGAGAUUCGUAUAAAUAUUAUGUAUACUUUUUUUUUUUUUAAUAAAAAUUGUAUAAUAGGUAUUUUUUAAAUGGUUUGCUUUUAAAAUUAGGGAGAGUAAGGAGCAAAGUCCAAUGCCAAACCUGUCAAUAUGAGUCUUUAACUUAUGAACCUUAUCUUGACCUUUCUUUGGAGGUCAUUUCAAGUGAUUUAGAAAAAUGCUUGGCUCAUUUUUGCCGCAAAGAAAAAUUAUCCUUUUAAUAAAAAACUAUUCCCAACUUUCCUACAAUUCCAAGCAUUUUUCUAUUAAAUUACGUUUUAAUCAAUUUUUCUUAUAAAUUAAUUCUUAAAUAUAGAAUAGACGGCCCAAACAAAUAUUUUUGUGAGCGAUGCAAAGCUAAAAUGCCAGCCACAAAACAAUAUACCAUAAAAACAGCCCCGAUGAUAUUAACACUACAUCUAAAAAGGUUCACAAAUACAGGCAAAAAAGACAUGAGGCAGGUAAAAUUCCCAGAAAAGCUGUCAAUAGAUCCAUUUUUACUAUUAAAAGGAGAGUCUGAUUACCAACUUUAUGCAGUCCUAAUACAUGUUGGAUAUACAUGUAGGUCAGGGCAUUAUUAUGCCUUUUUGAAGGCACCAAAUGAUAUGUGGUAUGAAGCUAACGAUUCUAGUAUUUCUCAAGCGUCUUUUUCAAGGGUCAUAAAUCACAGCUCUGCUUAUAUUUUAUUUUAUAACUCCCCCCCCCCCCCCUCCGUGAGCGAACAAAAAAAUUUUGUUCGCUCACGGAGGGGGUUAAUUUUUUUUUUUAAAAAAAAAUCUAUAUAUAAAUUUUAUAAAAAAUAUUUUUUUCGAAAUUUAAAAAAAAUCCUAAUUUGCAAAAAUUGGGAAGCAAAUAUUAAUUUAAUUUGCAAAAUUUAUGUUUUAAAACGCAAUUUGUUUUAAAAUUAAACAGAAUUAGCUCUAGAUUUCAUUAUACUAAUUAUCACUUAUAUAUCAAAAAUUUUUUCCAUUAAAAUUUUUUCUAUUAAAACAAUUUUUGUUCACUCACGGAGGGUGGGUUUUUGGUCAAAAAAUGGCGAUUUUUCUAAUGGUUUUGUUUCGCUCACGGAGGGGGGGGGGGGAGUAAGAGAAAUUGUAUAACAAAACAAAUUGAGUCUCCAACAUCUACUGCAGAAACCAGCGUCCCUGAAGAUACGUCAAUAUUUCACAUUCAUGAGAAAUUAGAAGUAAAAGAUGUCCCACAAAAACAAAAAAGUGAGAAUUUUUUGCCUUUUAAAAGAGAAAAAAUAUAUAGGGUAAUUAUAUAAAUUAUUUAAACAAAAUAGAGAGGAAUUUUUUUUAUUUUUUAUAGAAAAUUGGUAUUGAAUGGAGAAAUUUUGGAAAAAAAAGAGAAAAAAGAUAAUAAUUACAAAAAUGAGCCAAAAAUGAUGAAAGUAAGGCCAAUAAAUUAUGAAAAUGGAGAGUUUAAGAGUAUUUGGAAAAGAGACGAUGCCCCGCUUGGGUAUGUUAAGGACGAGUAUGAUCGAAAACUUGAUAUUGGGAAGAGGAAAAAGAAAAAAAAUAAAAACAAGAAAAAAAUGCACAAAAAUAUCUGGAAUCAAGUCAGGUUCAGGCAUUAA